GUGAUGCUCCUUGUCGGCAAGUCCAUACAAGAGCGCAUGGGUAAGCUGACAACUGGCCCCGCUGGGCUCGGCAUUCGCCCGAAGAUCCAGCUCAUCAACCAGAUACGGUCACCUUUGCCGCUUAUCGAAGCCGACGAGCAUCGCUGCACGCAGCUCUUCUACAACCUCGUGGCCAAUGCAGUGAAGUUCACCCACGAAGGAACAGUCGAGUCUUCUGCGAGCUACGACGAUUCCGAGGAGAAGCUGGUUGUCCGUAUCAAAGACACAG